AUGUCUACUUCUAGCGAUGAUACAUCUCGCACCCCACGCCUCCACGAUGGCCCCGUGGUCAUUGGGAUCUACGGACUUCCUGGCUGCGGAAAAACCCAUCUCAAAGAGAAGUUGAAGGAGCGUCUCAAGGAUCAUGAAGUGGCGUUCUACGAUGGAUCUGAAGUUUUAUCCAGGAUUGUUAAAGGUGGAAUCGAUACGUUUAAGAAAUUGGAAACAGAUCUGCAGAGUGCCUGGCGGCACAAGGCGAUCGAGAUGAUAAAUAACGAGUGCUUUAAAAACAAGAAGACUGGGGUCGUCACGGGUCAUGCCAUGUUCUGGAAGGAGGGAGAGAAAGACCCAGCGGUGAUUUACACGAAAAAGGACCUGGAUGUCUACACGCACAUGAUAUAUCUGAAGGUUAAUCCCAGCGUAAUUGCAAAAAGAAGGCGCAACGACACAGAGAAAAUCCGCCCGCUAGAUUCCAUCGGGCACUUGGAGAAGUGGCAGCGGAGUGAAAGCAUGGAGCUGCGCAAGCUUUGCCGCAUCAAUAAGAUACUUUUCACAACUGUAUCUUCGGAAAAAGUCUCAAAGUUCCUUUGCGAUUUUCGAAUCCACAACGAGAAAAUGAACCUGUCCACCGCCGAGAAUAUGUUGGACAACAUCAUGACCCAAAGCAGGGAAACGCCAGCAACAAUGCUUGUAUUCGACGGCGACGGGACUUUGACACCCAGCGAUACGGGCAUUAUGUUUUUCCAGAAGAUCUCCAACGCUCAGUAUCCGAACGGUAACCAAAACCCAUUGAAAGAAUUGUUCAGCGAUUCAAAAUGGGGACAUUCCUAUGCUGCGUUCCGUCAAGCCACAUUGAUGUACGAGGACGCAGCUGAUGAACUCAACUUUGGUGCGUUGUGUGAGAAAGUCGCUAUGGAAGUAAAGAUGUACCCGGAAUUUGUGAACUUGCUGCAGCUAGUAGCUGAGAACAGGGAACGCAGUGUUAGCGCCAUCGUGGUUACGUCUGGUUUGCAGCUAGUCUGGCAGAAGAUUCUGGAAAAGGCGGGUCUCGCCAACACCGUGAAGGUUAUCGGGGGAGGACGAGUCGCUAAUAGAAUCGUCGUCACAGCGGAAGUCAAAGCCGCCUUGGUUUCUCGAUUGAAACACUCCCACAAUAUCAAGCAUGUUUGCGCGUUCGGUGAUAGUCCGCUCGAUCUGGAAAUGUUACGCAAAGCGGAUGAAGCGGUGGUCGUAGUUGGCGACAAAGAGACCAGAAGUAAGUCAAUGGAGGCGAAGCUGGGUGCUGCAAUCCGAGACGAGGUUCUGAAAGUGGCUCGCCAGGUAGUUCUUCCAAGCAGCGUAACUCCAAGGUUGGACACAACGAAGCUCCCCCUUGUCGACAUUACGAGGCAAGAUUUCGUCGACUCUGUUUUUGGUACCAAUUCUCGGUUCGCCGGACUUCGCUUCUACCACGCAACGGAGAAGAGUUCCACUAAGCUACUCGCAACUUUAAUGCGCGAUUCUGCUUCUGCCGGUCCUGCCCUUCGGGAAGUCCACCGCCGCUGCGGAUUUUACCUGGCAACGAAAUUCUUGGGCAAGACCGAUAUCAUCGGCCUUGAAGAAUGCACAAUCUCCCACGUGUUGGGUGUGCGUGCGAUCGGGUACCGACUCUUGUAUGAACAGAAAACGUUGAUAGUCGCCUUGAUGCGUGGCGGAGAGCCUAUGGCCUUCGGAGUCAACGACGCCUUCCCACUCGCGGCGUUCAAACACGCGGACGCUACCACAGAUCUACAACUCGAACACAUACAGGGCAUGUAUUCCGUCAUCUUGGUUGAUUGCGUUGUGAACAGUGGUAGCACGGUGAUAAGGUUUGUCAAGCGGGUGCGGGAGCUGAACGCUACCAUUCGCAUUGUGGUUGUUGCCGGCGUCGUUCAGGAUAAGUGUAUUUCCGGCGAAUCAUCCUUAAUCAACAGCCUUGCGCAUGAAAAGAAUGCCAGCCUUGUCACACUGCGCACUUCUACGACGAAAUUCACUGGAAUAGGUACUACGGACACCGGAAACCGCCUCUUCAACACGACGCAUCUCGCUUGA